GAUUAGCCUUAGCCGCAGGUAGUAGCCAAACAUUGGGCGACUCUCGACAACACAACAAAGUGCCCUCACAAGGACGCAAUUCCUUGAUUCCAGUCGGAUUUUUCUCCCGUUUUUUCAUUCAACUUUUUGGUGAAAGCAAAUACAUUUUUUGUAAGUUGGAACCCUUUCGUUCAUUUUAAGACGUUAGGGGAGAACCUUUUCAUUCCUUACGACUUCCGCACUCAAGUCAUUUGGGAUAGAAAUUGACGUGAGCCGCUCACUCUUAUGCGGUCAGAGGGGUUCUGAGCCAUGCCUGGCCGCAGCACUGGGCCCCCACCGGCAUCCCGCCACCACAAACAUCAUGGCUCCAGACUAGGGAAGUACAGUCAUGCUCCAGCUAUACUAAGGGAGAGCACAACUAACCAAGACUCCUACAAGGAUCCUCAUGGAGAGCAUCAUCACAACGUCCACUCCCGCUACUCUGAGACCAAACACAGCCGCAAAGCACCCCCACGCAAUGGGACCGGAAGGGGUUCAGAGACUAUAGGCUUCAUUCCUGGCUCCGCAGACAACACGCCCACCGGCAGACAUGCCUGUGGCUCCUGUGCCUCUAUGGGCUGGAGCGGCUGCAAGGCCCUUAUCUGUUGCGUACUGACCUGUGGAUUUUAUGGCAGCCGAGAGCCUUGCCUGCCUGUUAACGAGAGCUCCACAGACCAUCCCCCUAAAGCAAGUAGUGAGCCCCACCCGCCGAAUGGCAUAGCUGUUACCAACUCCACGCCACUUGAAUCCAGCAAGUCCCCUAAAUCCUAUAAGUUGCCCACAAGUGACAGCUUCCGCUACCCGGAUGUGCGUAUCGCAGGUCAUACUGUGAGGUAUCCGGUAUCUGCCCCUAAACGGACCCGAACGCCGGGCCGCGGGGAGAGCCAGCGGCCAAUCAGCAACACUAGCCUGUUAUCCCGUGAGGACUAUGACUUGGAUGACCUGAGUGACACGGGCACAGAUAUUGACUCGCUUAUCACCAAGAAGCUGCUGGAGCUGUACGCCCUGCACCAGAUUGAUCAAUUGGCCAAGUGCACCUCCGACUCGUCGUUCUCCCGCAAGACCAAUGAGAUCAGCGAGCUCAUAUACAGCAUCGCUCAGGACUACAACCUGGAGGAGCAGGAGGCCGAGUGCAAGCUGGUGCACGGAGUCAUUCGCAUCAGCACCCGCAAGGGCAAGAGAAACAAGAGUCAUCAUUCUGCAGGACAGCGUCCUAAUGGGCGGAGUGACGGCACGCUGCCCGACAGCGGCAACGAGACCAUGACCAACACCUUCAUGAGCAGUGACUUUCCAGAGGUGAAAGUGUCGGAGCAGACGCCCUCAGACGAGCUGGCCAGGAAGAUGAGGCAUUACAGCGGGAGAACAUAUUCAUCCAGCACCGCCAUGGCCUAUUCCCCCUACCAGCAUGACACAGAGACAGACUCGUCAGGUGCUCCCCUGCUGCUUCUCUGAAGGCCAAAACGGUCACGUUCGGGUUAUCCUUCAUCCCUGCUUUCAUUUAUGCUGUUACUGAGUGCUGGCUGGCUCAUUUUAGUGCUGCUACUGUUACAAGCUAUUAUGGUGUCAUCGCCCUCUCUCCAGUCAACACUUUUUAUAUACGAAGAGAGAGCGCAUUCAUUUUUAUACUACGUAUUUGUAAAGUGCUUGGAGUGGCAUUGUCAUGUUAAAAGAGUGCUUGUGUACACUCCAGGUAGCUUUGGCAGUCAGACUGCAGGAAUGUUAUGGAAGCAAUUGUGCAGGUUUUGUCAGGGCUCAUUGACUCAGGCCUUUUUAAUGCUCCUGAAUUAUGUUUUGAGCUGAUACUCCUUUGUUUUUAAGCCAUAUUUCCUGCCAGGUGUGUAUAUAUAUAUAUAUAUACAUGCAUAUACCGGGUGUCCCAAAAAAAAUACACACUUUAAAUAAUUGUAAACUAGGUGUUUAUCAUAAUUUGUUAAAUUCUCCAAGUGUAAAACAAUUUACAAACAUUAUUUUAUUGUUUUGUCACCGACUGUUCUCAAACUGACUGAAUCACAAACAUCACGAAACAAUUCCCUUGGUUUUUGCGUGCAUUCACGUUCAACGACUGCGCUCAGACUUUGGCGUUUAGGUACACCCAUAAAAAAAAAAAAGAAGUCUCGUAGAGUGAGGUCUGAUGAACGCGGAGGGUAUUCAACGAAACCCCUCCGUCCAAUCCACCUGUUUGGAAGGAUUUAACAUCGCGAUAGUAGUGUGGACGUGCUCCAUCUUCCUGAAAAUAAAACCCCUCAUCUUCUCUAAUACGUUGUAUGACAGCAAGUGUAUACGUUAUUUUGGGACACCCUGUGUAUAUACAGUAGUUAAAUUACUCCCUGGGUUGUUAAACCACAUGUGGCAUUUGGACUUUUUUUUUUUUUAAUGAAUUAAGCGGUGAGCACUGUUUUGGACAGAAUAGUUACUGCUUGUGUUGUUCCAUGUUAGUUCAAUAAAGAUGUAUAUUUUUAUUUGAUUGUUUGCAUUUGUGUAUUAAGAUGCAUAUAAUAGUUGUACAUAUUGUACAGUUUGUGCAGCUUAUGCAGUAUUAGUGUUAUUAUGUAAAAUAAUCGCUGCACUCGACGAGUUUGUUUGGCCUCUAUCGAGCACAAUGUCCAACCAACCAACCAGAACUGAGCAGUGAUCACAACAAUAUCAGCAUUAAAGUGAGCACAACGCUUUUCAUCCAAAUGUGCAUUAUAAUUGCAUUGCAUUGCAUUCUGAAUACAGAAGGAACUUCCAAAAUAAUAUUGUAUGGCAGCUGUGAGGAACCUACAGCUUGCUGUGCAAUUAAAAAAAGAAAACUUGGUUUCAAAGGGUGCUCUAAUAUGAUAAUAUAUGUAACUACAAAAUGAAUGCUAUUAUUUUACACGUAAUGAUUGCGUACAUGUUUUCUUAUUGGAAGCAUCAUGAUGACUGUUAUUUCCUAGCCCUGUCUCUUAAGGUUACUUUCCCUCUUUAGCACAUGCACUGUUAUUGUUAUCACCCUGAGGUGACCGUGAUGAUGUGCAAAGGCAGGGUUUUUCCAUGUCAAAAGCAGGAACUUGUUCGGCCGGUUCUAGCAAAUAGGAAAUAAAAUCCUGGGGUUUGUCUUUUGCAGUGUAGAAACCAGAUUUUUGUGGAUUUGGUCAAAAAUGCCAAAGAAAUUGAUAUGAAACGGCUAUAAUAAGAGAUGAUAUAAUCUCUGUUGUUGGAAGUGAAAUGAGACAUUUUGUCUUGUGCUCCCGGUGGAAGAACAUUUGCCUCUGACCCAAAACAUUUGCAGAGAUUGUGCCGUUUCGAAAAGGCAGCACAUCCAGCAGUGUGUUGUUGUUUUUUCUUUUUAGCUCUGCCAAAGUUUGUCAUGACUUGCUUCUGCGUGUGUUUGUUGCACGCAUCCCGUGUAACCCCGUUUCCUGCGCCUCUGUGCCAGCACAUUCCUGUUUUACCUGUAUGAGGUGUCAGGUAAAACGCUCACAGUUUCACAAUGAACAUACCACGAGCGUGAGGGCUUGCCGUCUACCAAAUGUAGUACAACGCAAUGUCACCGCAUCUUCCUCUUUGCACUUUAAAGUAGUCUUGCAUGUAACGUGGAGGCCUCAAUGCUACAAAUCCUGUUUAUUGUCAAGCCUCUUGGAGAAACAUCAUUGACACGUUUUUCCAUUAGAGGGAGACAAAUGACCACAAGCAGGUUACAUGAAUAAUAAGAAUAACAAACGAAACACAGUUAUCAGUGUGGUUAGCUAUUGUAUCUUGUAUAUAAUCUUUUAUCCAACUCAAAAAUGACUCAUGCAAUGCCACAUUUUCAAUCAAAGUACAUUUUUAUCUGUUUUUAAUGGCUAUUCUUGAGCUGCAAGUGACAGAGGAAAGUAAAAAAAAAGACUGUAAGAU